AGGUGGUGAGAUCAUUGUCACUGAUAUGGAUCUCAUUAAAAAGAGUAACUUGAACAGGCAGUUUUUGUUCCGACCGCAUGAUGUACAGCAGCCCAAAUCGAGCGUAGCAGCAAAGGCCGUGAAGCGCAUGAACGGCGAUAUCAAAGUGGUUUCCCAUGAGAACCGUGUUUGUCCAGAAACAGAGAAGAUUUACGACGACAAAUUCUUUGAACGUUUGGAUGGCGUUGCUAAUACUCUGGAUAACAUAGACGCGCGCAACUACAUGGAUCGCCACUGCGUCUAUUACCGGAAGCCCUUUUUGGAAUCGGGUACACUCAGUACGAUGGGUAACAUUCAGGUCGUGGUGCCAUUCUUGACCGAGUCCUACAGUUCUUCGCAGGAUCCUCCGGAGAAGUCAAUCCCUAUCUGUACGCUGAAGAAUUUCCCGAAUGCUAUUGAGCAUACUCUGUAUGCUUUACGCGUUCUUCAUGUCCAAGGAUAAGAAGACGGAACUAUUGGCCAUGUCGAUGUCUGAGGUGGUGAGGCGUGUCGAGAUUUGCUGCAACGACGACGACGGAAACGAUGUGGAAAUUCCUUACGUGCGUUACAUUUUACCCUAGAGCGGCGGACCGUAGAUUCUAGCUUUACUUUAUAGGGUAACAGAAAUGAUAACACACUCACUUUUACACAGACACACGCAAAUUAUUAAGGGAGAGAAAAGAUAGCGUUUGAAUGAACUUACACCGAUACAAACACACACAGAUACAAACACUUGAGCAUAUUAUUAACAUUGAAGAGACUUUUGAAAAGAAUCGAAUCAGCUAUUUAAAAUAGAAGUGAAUAGUAAAAUCCUU